CCAAGUCCCCAUUCCCUACCCCACAACCCAGCAAGCAGAUCAACGGUCCUGAUCGAACAUUGCUCUAACCGUUGUCCCAUAAAUGCCGGUGAGUGGAUCCCUGAUCCCCCCGAUAAGUAGCCUUCUAUCUCUCUCCUCCCACCGAUCCCCAGAUUGAACCCCCCCCCCCCCCCCCCCCCAUUUCGAUAGAUCUCGGAGGUCGAGAAGAGAAAAGCAGAAGGAAAGAAGGGCGAAAGCGAGCGACAUGGAGGCGUACAACAGGGGUUUGAAGGGGUACUGGAAGCGGAGGGCGUACCAGAGGCUUGACGGCGGCGGGAGGAGGCGGAGCCGGGCGGAGCUGAACGGCGGGAGGCGGCGGCGGUUCUGGCGGAUCCGGGUCGUGCCGAGGCUGAGGUUCCUCGCGCGGGUGGCGUCUCCGAAGCGGUUCCUCGCGCGGAUCAGGGACGCCUACGUGCGGAUGAUGCUGUCGUUCGCCUCCUCCGGGGCGAUCGCUAACGGGUACACCGGGUAUGGUGGCGCCGCCGUGACUGGGUUCGGUCGGCCGCAGCUCAAGGAGUACGAUGAGAAGAUGAUUGUCGAGAUCUAUAAGUCGCUGGUGGCGCAGGGCCCGCUUAUGGCCGCCAACGCCGUCGGUGGCGGCGGAGGGGACGCCGGGCGGACGCUCCAGGCUGCCCGGCGGUAACUAGAGGCUCUUCUGUUAGAUUUCCUCUCCCACUUUUAACGAGAAUAAGCUUCCCUUUUUUGUUUUUCAGUGUUUUUGCCAAAGCUGUAUUUAAAUAAAAUCUAAUCCCUUAGCUUGGUGUUUGUUUGUUUACGAACUCGCCGACGAUAAAUUACGUGGCUGGUGUUUGGUCCCUGGAGGUGAUCGGAUCCAUUUCUUUUACCUUAUCUAAUUCAACAACCACUGUGGGAACCCGGUCCUUGUACCAAACGAUACUCAGAUGGAUCUCAUGGUCCAUCGAGCGAGACAGCUGGACCACGGUUGGACGAGCACGGAAUCUACUGUAGCAAAGAAAUAAAUAAAAAAAAAGGAAAGAGUCUACCGGCGGAAAUCUUGGAUGGAUGAUCAGCGGGCGCGGUUCUUACGUCCCUGCAUGGCGGAUGAGUUCGGAUUCAUCGCCGGAAUCCCAAGCGUGUAUGCCGGAACCACGGUGGUUGCCUAGUAAUUCUUAGACAAAUUGAGGAAGAUGAUUGGAGGAGCUUGUGGGUCCUGAGGACAGUAGAGGGAGACGACCAUCGAUGUCAUCACCCUGGCCCGCCCCGGGGCACCGGGGAAGAUGCGAGAAGGGGCCGGUGGGGCAUGCGAGGGGCAUGGGUCUCACGUGACAAGCACGUGUGUCAGAAUCAGAGGGACAUUGGCGUCAUUCACUGAACCGUAGGGGACCACCGUAUUUGUCCGGCUUCGCGUCACGGGCCCCACGUGGCUCCGCGGGUCCGGUGCACUGUCCCUGUUGGCAUGUCGUCUGAUGAACGGUGUCACGAUGACGAAGGGCUCUUUCAAGCUGUACCGCGACCACGUGGCUGAGUUGCACGGUCCCUGCUCUUAAAGUCCAUCGCACGUCCAGUACCAAGAUAUUGAUGUCUCCUCUAGAAGGUUUGCCAACUGACCUGGGUUUAAGUGCAAUCUUUAUUGCGGCCUGCAAAAUUAGAUUAAAAUUCCUCCACAAUUUAUGAAUUAGACUAUUCAUUUAAAUAUGGUUGUUCGAUCAGAUAUUUUUCAGCUAAACUUUUGAGGAAAGAAAGGAAAAAAAAAACUCCAUAAAUCUAUUUUUCA